GCUCCUGCGCUGAUUGAAUUGAAUCCGGGCCAAGGAAAUUAUGUAGCCUGCCUGCCCUCCUCAGGAAAGGGGAGAGAGCCGGAGCCAGGGAAGGAAUUGUCUGCGAGCUGCCAAGCCGCCCGGCUGCGCUGCCAGCGAAACGCCUCGCAGACCCGAGCCCAACUCUGGACUUUUGUCUCUCUUCCCCUCCCUGGCCCCCAACUCUCUCCAGUCUGUUCACAUUUGGCUACUAAACCUUCGGAGUCCUUAGCAGGUAGCCAAGGGCAGCUAGGAAAAUCAGGACAAGGCAUCCCCACCUCUGCGGCAGCUAUGUGCUUUGGAAGCAGAAUAAAAUGGCUCCAGUCUGGCCAGGCAUGCUGUCAGCGGGAACGCGACACUCCCGCCAUUCCCAGAGGGAAUGCAGAUGGCUGUUUUCGGCAUGGGAUGUUUUUGGGGAGCCGAGAAGAUGUUCUGGAGCUUGCCAGGCAUCUUCUCCACCCAGGUGGGCUACGCAGGAGGCUUCACCCCAAACCCCACCUACAAAGAAGUCUGUACAGGUCUGACCGGACACGCGGAAGUGGUCAGGGUUGUGUACGACCCCCAGAAGACCAGCUACGAGGCCCUCCUCAAAGCCUUCUGGGAGAACCAUGACCCCACCCAAGGCAUGCAGCAAGAGGAGAAUGUCGGCACACAGUAUCGCUCGGUCAUCCACACGUUCGGAGCCCAGCAGAGGGAUGCUGCCCUGAAGUCGAAGGCGAUGUAUCAACAGGAGCUGGCCAAACAGCAGCUGGGGCCCAUCACCACUGAAAUCCAGGCGGCCGGGGAGUUCUAUUAUGCAGAGGAUUACCACCAGCAGUACCUGCACAAGACCCCCAAGGGAUACUGCAGCCAAAAGGGGACCGGCGUGGCCUGUCCCAUCCACCCUGCAGCUCAACAAGAGUCAUGAAGGGAGUAUGCCUGGGAGUCGUGGCGAUCAACACCCACGAGCAGUUGCCAUGGGAACGGAAGCAGCCUAGCACCUCGUUUUAAGCGACCAGCGGGAGCGCAGGUGGCUUUUCUUUUCCCGGCCACCUCUGGACCCAGCUGGACGGCCUGAUUCACAGACGUGACGGGUUCUGCACCAGGCAAACUGCCCCUUGAGUCCCUUCCUGCCCUGCGUUUCUGGACGGUUACCAUAGCGUGGGGGAUGUCCAAGCGCAUGCUCUGGGUCUGAUCCCUGGCAAGGCUCCAGGGUUCAGAGAUCACCCCUCGGUCCUGUUCGCUUCGCGGUGGCCUCCAGGCUGAGGUGGGGGGU